UACUAGUACAUAGGCAACACUUCUACUAGUCUAAAACGAAGAGAAAGUCAUAGUAUGCCAACGCACAUGCAUCCUAAAGCCAUCACUAUAUCUCACUAAAUCUCCCUCUCCAUGUGCCUACGCCGCACACCACACCAUUCCCCAAUAAACAACAAAUCCCUAAUUUACUCCUACGAAUGCUGAUCAAUUCGAAGAUGAAUGAAGAAAACAGCGAAAUCAAAUUAUGACCCUAAAAACUCUACCGAAUAUUUUCCAAAAUCAUCAUCAUCAUCAACAACAACAAUCAUCAUCAACAACUCUAUUAGUAUUAUCGCCAUUUUCAUGGCUAUUUCUCAACCGUCGUCGUCGAAUUUUCUUCCUGAUUCUAACCUCACCUGUACUAAUUCCUCUUCUUUGUUUUUGUUUUCCGUUAAUUUGUCUCUGUCAACUCUGGUUCUGUAUUUCCCGACGUCAACAAAAUCGACGGCGAGAUGACCUUGGGUUACGGCGAUGCGAAGAAGGAAGAGAACAAGAUGACUACAAUGAUCAUGAUCAGAGUGAAGAGAGAGAAAUCGGAUGGAUAUUGUUGCAGAGGUAUUUGGAAGAUCAAUUAGGGCUCGUUGGAUCUGUAGUUUCUGUUUAUGAUUGUGCUGAUCAUGAUGAUUUUGUUGAUGUUGAUGAUCAGAUUAUUCAUGAUGAUGAAACUAGACAACCUUUUCUGAUUUGAUGAUUUUUUUUGUCUGUAAAUUAAUUUAAGACUUUUAAAUUUUGAUUCUAUUAGAUUGUGAUUGUUAGUGUUUGGAAUAUGGUAUAUGAAAUGAGAAAAAAAGGUAAUUGUGCAGUGAA